CCGCCGUGCCCCGGAUGUGUUCCCGCAGCACUUCCGAGGUGGGGGGGUUUUGUGCCGUGCAGCUCCCGGUGGUGACGCGGCCUGGCCCUGCUGGGCCCGGUGACGUGAGUGCUGGAGCCUUCUCCUCGUAGAGCCAGUUUCCAAUGUCCUGCCAUGGAUGAUGACAGCCAGGAUGAACUGAUAAACAAGAAUGCUGCACUGGGCAAGAGCAAAAGACAGAGUCUUGUGCUCCUCAGUGAAACAGAAAGCAAUGGUGGAAAUAGCGAUGAUUCAGAAGAUGAUACUGGAAGUGAAGAUGACCCUGAGGAAGAGGGAGGUGAGGAGGAUAAGGAAGAAAGUGAAGAUGAAGAACUAGAAGAUUGUGAAGAUGAUGAUGAUGAAGAGGAAGAGGAGGAAGAAACUGAGGCCAGUGGGGAGGGAACAACUGAUGCUCUGGAGGCAGAGUCACGCGUAAAUGGAGCAAGCGUUUCUUCUGACGAGGAUGGUGAACACUGCCCCAUUUGCCUCAACACGUUUAGGGAUCAGGUUGUUGGGACUCCUGAGAACUGUUCCCAUUACUUCUGCUUGGACUGUAUUGUGGAGUGGUCUAAGAAUGCCAACUCCUGUCCAGUGGAUCGAAUCCUCUUUAUGAACAUUAACAUUCGGGCACAUUUUGGUGGUGAAAUCUUAAAAAAGAUUCCUGUUGAGAACACGAUUAUUCAGGGUAAUUAUGGAGAGGAUGACCCAACCUUCUGUGAGGUGUGUGGCAGAAGUGACCGCGAAGAUCGCCUGCUGCUGUGUGAUGGCUGUGAUGCAGGGUAUCACAUGGAAUGCCUUAAUCCACCUCUGAGUGAAAUUCCUGUAGAUGAAUGGUUCUGUCCAGCCUGUGCCCCCAUGGGUGUCAGUGCUGCUGCAGACACAGAUCAUGUCAGUGAUGAAGAGGUUGCUGCCAUCAUGGCUGAUGUUACGCCUACCACCAGCAGGCUACGUCCCCAGGCCCGAACCCGAGCUAUUGCUAGAACUCGGCAGAGCGAACGAGUUAGGGCAACAGUGAACAGAAACCGGAUAACAACAGCCCAGCAAAUUCAGAAUGUGCCAGCGUACCUCAUGCCCUCUCUUCUGGAUGAAACAAUUGAGGCAGUUAUUUCAGGCAUAAACACAGCCAUGUAUGAGCGUCCUGUUACACCGCUUCCUCCACUGGUUCCUGAUCCACUCCCUGCACCAUUCUCUAUACUGCCUCGUCUACCAGCUCCUGCACCGGCCCCUACACCAGCCUCUACUAGGCAGAAAAGAAGAACAGGCAGGAGGAAGAAAGUAAGAGGCAAAAAAAGAACUCAGACAAAAUCUUCUGCUGGGAAGAAGAGUUCAGGGGCACAACUGAAGAGACGCAAGAUUCUCAUAAAGAAGAGAAGGGGGAAAAAGAUGAGAGUAAGAUCACGUGUGAAAAAUGAGGUUACUACUCGCUCCCGUAUUGCAAGAACUCUUGGUCUUAGUAAACCUGUGCGUGGGGCCUCGCUUCCUUCCAUGUCCAAACCAGCAGAGCCCUCACUUGGCCUGAUGAGAGCAGAUAUUGGUGCAGCUUCUCUAUCUGUGUUUGGAGAUCCGUAUGAGCUGGAUCCUUAUGAAAGUAAUGAAGAGGCUUCAGCAAAUCCAGAUUCACCAGUGAGUGCCAAAAGGAGAGUUCUCUCCCAGUCAGCACUGAGGUCUCACCGUCCUGUAGCUAGACCUAUUUCAGUGGGACUUCCCAGAAACAGUGUCCCUGCUGUGAGUCCUGAACAAGAAGAAGAAGCUGCCCCGGUGCCUGAUUUGCUGGGAAGUAUCCUGUCUGGACAGAGCCUUCUCAUGAUGAGUAGUUCGGAUGUGGUCAUCAACAGAGAUGGUUCCCUGACGGCAAAGAAGGCAGCUCCACUUAAUAGAAAAUCGGCGAAUGACUCGAGAGCAGAUGAUAGUUCAGGACGUAGCACCCAACCAAGUACAGUGCAUUCAGGGACCACAGCAAGCAGCUCAACUCCUGGACCUUCAGUUUCCUCAGGGCUGAGUACUCAGACCAGACCCUCCUCCUCUUCCUCCUCCUCCUCCUCAAGCUUGUUUUCAUUGCGUUCACCCUCACUGAGCAGGACUGAGCCUGCAGUAAACUCGGCACAGGCCACAUCAGAAAAGGCAACUGUAAAAUCAGAAUAUUCAAUGACACCCAGAUCUGUUCAGACUCAAAACAUAGCUGCUCUGAACAGGCAUGGUUCCAGGCUAGAUGAAAUGCCCAGAUGUAAUGGAAACUCUAAAAGCUUUGCAGCCAGUAACUUGUCAUCUUCAGAGCCCCUGAGCUGUAAUUUGAAUUCUGCCUCGAAAGCUGUAACCGUGAGGCAGCCAAUAAAACCACCUUCCAAGAGAAUUGACAUCUUUGAGCUUCCCAGGAUACCAAAGAUUAAAAAGGAAACCAACAGCAAGCAGGUGGAGCCAGAACCCUCAGGAAGCCAAAGCUGCGACAUCCCCAGCUCCUGUAUAACCCAUCUGACUGGCAAAGAGAGCACUAAUCAACCAGGAAAGGGUAGCAAGGUGGAAAGUCAGAAGUCAACUGCCAAGGAAUAUCAUCAACAAACACGUACAAGUGGGUUGUCUUUUUCUGCCAGUACAGGUGUUCAUGGCAGUUCAUUGCUACUGGGCACUUCAAGAAGCAAAGGCCCAAGCUCUUUUGAGAGUUUUAAAAUCAAUAUUCCUGGGAACGCAGGGCAUCCCAGCAGACUUUCUAACCCAGGAUUUUGUAACACCUUCCGCCCUGUGGAUGACAAAGUGCAACAGAAAGAGAAUCCUUUGCAUCUUUUCUCAGUUAAGAAAAAGCAGGUCAAAAGUGAGAUAUAUGAUCCUUUUGAGCCAACAGGAUCAGACUCGAGUUCAGCAAGCAGCAGUCCUGAAAGGCUUGGCUCAGGGAUUCCACUAACUAAUAUUACCAGGACUAUUUCCAUUGAAAAUCCCAAAGUUCAAACGUUUCAAACUGUCCGCCGUUUCACCCCUUACAGGGUAGAAAAUGUGUUUGGAUCUGGGGCUGACUCUGAUGUACCAUCUAGUAACACAGAGUCUCAUGAUCAUGUGACAGUAGAAAGCAGGAUUGUGGAACCGAUCUCUGAUACAGAGGAGAGGGACAAUAUGGAUGAGGAAGACUUUCUAAGCAGUCCUUGCACUUCAUCUGCUGUUAAGCAAGUUUCUAAUGCAGAGUGCUUAAAAAGGGAAAGGAGAGAGGGCCCUAAUGUGUUCUUUAAUGCUGAAGAAUUGAUUAGACCUAACGUUAAUGUGAAAGUAGAACCAGAGAGUCCCUCAAAGAAUGAUGAGCAGCAGAAUGUCCAAAAGGUAGAACAGACAGAGAGGCGAUCACGUUCCAGAUCCUGUUCAAAUUCCAGCUCCCGAAGUAAGAAGAAGUUAAAAAGGAAAAAGGCACUUGUCAAAGAGCACAGGAGAUCCCGGUCAGGGUCUAGGGAUAAGGCACACUCAAGGGACCGAAGCUCCAGAUCUGCCUCUUGGUCAGAGGGAGAAGAGUGCAGCAAAACACAAACACCAAAACCCAAGAGCAGGAGGUCUUCUACGGACCGUUCUAGCAGCCACGAACGAUCUAAGAAAAAGAAAAUGAAGGAUAAAACCAAGGAUAAAAAGGCAAAAACUUCUUGGUCUAGGGAGAGAAGAAAAUCUAGGUCACGUUCAGGUAGUCCUGGAAGUACUUCUGAGUUUUAUGAAAACAGAAAGAAGAAAAGACGGUCUCGAUCAAGAUCAAGACGGAGGGAGCGUUCCCGAUCAAAUAGCAUCGAGAGGACUAAAAGGCGGAAACACAGAAGAGACAAAAGCCAUGAGAGGUAUGAUAAAGAUAGCUUGAGGUCAAGGGACAGAAAGAGAUCAAGAUCCAGGUCUCGGGAGAGGAGAAAAUGGAGGUCUCGGUCUCGGUCUACAUCUCGAUCUCGGGAGCACAAAAGCAGCAAAUCAAAGGAAAAAAGACCACGAUCAAGAUCAUGUUCCAAAGAAAGAAAACACAAAUCAAAAGAGACAUCACUUCCUCCUCCACCAGAAAAGGAUCAAAAACCUCCAGCUGAAAAUGUGUCCAGGUGUCUGGAGCAACCCCAUUCCUUCAAGCGAGAGCCAAAGGAGGAGCUAGUACUAGAAGAGCUUUCCAUAACCAUCCAACCAAAUGUCAAACUUGAGGAAGUACAAGCUGAGACCCCAGUUCAACUCAGAGAGGUCCAAGAAAUUAUAAAGGUAGAGCCCACCUGUCAGGAGGUGACCCGUGAAACUGCAUUCCCUGUGCCAGAGAUCACAAACAUUUCUGUUCCAGUUGGCAAUGUGGAUUCUUUUGCUGAAACAGAAUUAAUGAGUAGCAGUGAUCCAGGAGUACUUGGUAGCUGUAACAAUACAAACCUUGAGAUUACAGUUAAAAUAGAAAAUACUUCAUUAUGUCCAUCUCUGAUGGACCCACCCCCAAAGAAGGAAGUUAUCCUACAUGCUCCAACUGAGGCUGCACCAAUUCAAAGCCCGUCCAAAAGCAAACUAACAGAUUGUGUGAGGGAGCUUAAAGAUGAGUGCCUUGUGUCAAACGAGAAAACUGGUAAUUUCAGUAAGCCUGAAUUGGAGGUGGUGCCUCAGGGUCCUGCACUGAAAUCAAAAGCACCAGUGAAAAGAGUUACCUGGAAUCUUCAACAGGAAGAAGGUGGCACACUGUCUGCUGGAAAAGUUCCAAGGAUGCCAUUUUACAAACCUCAGCGAGCAAAAGAAGGGGCCUGGAAAGCAGAGGACUUGAACCAAACAUUAAAUCAGGUGUACUGUCAAAAUACACCUUUGACUCCACCUCUGCCCUCCAGCCUUCCCCCUUAUGCCCCUGUCAGCCAGCCCACAGUUCAAUUUAUCAUGCAAGGUAGCCUCCCAGCGCUUGUCUGCAUGGCAGGACAGAGCCUGACUCCAGAGCCAGGCAGCCUGGCAACUGCAUCUGAACCAGGAAUCCAAGCUGCUUCUGUUGGAAACGCAGAAGAAGAUAUCAACGCACCCAAACCUCCAGUGGAUAAAACAAAAAAUGAGGAAUAUAUGAAGAAGCUUCACAUGCAGGAAAGGGCUGUGGAAGAAGUGAAACUUGCUAUUAAACCCUUUUACCAGAAGAGGGAGAUUACAAAGGAGGAGUACAAGAGCAUUCUUCGAAAAGCAGUACAAAAGAUCUGCCACAGCAAAAGUGGAGAGAUCAACCCUAUGAAGGUGGCUAAUCUGGUGAAGGCAUAUGUGGAAAAAUACAAACACAUGAGGAAACAUAAGAAAUCUGAUGGUGAUGAUACACAGGAAGUGGAAAACUUAGAGCAAGCCACAGCCAGCACAAGCUUGGACUGAACUUACUCUGGCUGCAAACACUAUGCCAGAGAGCAUAAUAGCUCUGCAGUUGCAUCUCAUUGAAAACAAAGUGCAGAGAAGCAAGGUCAUAAUAAGACUUAUCUGUGGCACCUUCUUCUGAAUUGUUUCCAUGUGGGAAUGAACUCGGGUUUGGGAUUGGGGUUUUUUUUUUCUUGAUUGCCUACAGUUGUAGAACUAAGUAACAAUCAAAUGUCUCAGACCAGCAGAGUAAUUCCAGGGGGAACACAGAAGAGAUUGUUUGGGACUCCCGGAUUGCUACAGUUUUCAGGGUUACUUUGAUCACAUUUUUAGGUUGUGUACCUGUCUUGCUAGAAGUUUGACUCUGGACACCACUUUUCAUAUACAGUACAUUGAGAGCUGUAUACUGUUCCCUUGUGUUUAUUUAUCGAAAUACAGAUUGUCUUUAGAAACUUCUGAUUUAAUACUUGAAAUGUUGUAUUUUUAGCCCGUUUGAUGGUGAGCGAAGCUUUCCUCGCUCUGUCACUUGGGGAUUGCAGAAAUGAGUUAACCUUUAUAAACUGACUUCAGAAACACUGCUCAAGCCGUGGUGUUUAUUUACAUUCUGUUGGAAGCAUCUUGUUAGUGAAGAGUUGAGUUUGGGGGUGGGAGACUGCAUUGCACUUCUGUAAAUAAUGCACUGAUGGCUGGUUUUGUGUAUGCCUUUCAGGAGAAAAAUAAACAGAACGCAAGCAUUGUGAA